AUGGUGAACACAAGGAGCAUGAAUGGUGUUAAUGGAGUGGGUGUCAGUAACCUGAAUAACAAUGUGAAUCCUCGUCCCACUGAAGCUGAAAUGGCAAAAUUGCUUCGUAGUGUCACCAAUGAAUUAACCAGGACAAGAGCUGAGCUGACUGAAAUCAGAAAUGAGAGGGAUUAUCUGUUGAAUCAGCCUGAAAGGACCCUUGAUGGUUGGGAUGGUGAUACUAAUAGGAGGCAUACGGAUGAUGGUGAUAGGAUUAUUGACAGAUAUAAUCGUGAUCGUAGGGGUAACCGUGAUACAGUUCAUGAGUAUAAUAAUUUUAUGAAAUGCAAGCCAAAGUUUUUCAAGGGUGGUCACAAUCCAGUGGCCAAUAGACGUUGGAUUAUGCAAAUGGAAGUUGUAUUUGAAUCUUGUGAUUGUCUGGAGAAUAAGAAAGUGUUGUUUGCCUCGAGAAUGUUUGAGGAUAGUGCUUUGGAUUGGUGGAAUACUUGUCGCAUUGUUUUGGGUUCAGCUUACAUUUCUAGCAUGACUUGGAGUAAGACUACCUUGAGUUUGGCUGUUGAUGAGGCCAAGUGUGUGGAGUAUGACUUGGGGUCUAGGGUUAGGAAAGACGGUAAUUCUGGUUUUAAAAGGAGCAAUGACAGGUCUUCAGGGCCGAAUAAAAGGUUUAAGGGUAACUCUUCCAGUAGCAGUAAUGAUAAGAGGAUUGGGACUUGGUGUGAUAGAUGCAGGUCUAAGCAUACUGGGCAGUGUACUAUUAGCACUCUUCGUUGUAAUAGGUGCACCGCUACAGGUGAUUUGGCUAAAGAUUGUACUGGGGAGGCUCGUUGUUAUAGGUGUAAAAAGACUGGACAUCAAAUUGCUGAUUGCCCGCAAGCAAAAGAGGGUGAGAAAAAGAAUGAGCGACCGAGGACUACAACUCGUGCCUUCAACAUGACAGCUGAACAUGCUCGAUCAGAUGAUGAGGUAGUUAGCGAUCUUUUGUGUCCAGUAACUCGCCCAUUAGAUACACCAUUUGAGGUUGAGAUAGUUGAUGGUCGUACUUCUAUGGUUCGCAAUGGCUUCUUUGAUUGUUCUAUUGAGAUAGAGGGUCAUUCUUUUUCUAUUGACUUGUUGCCCACUACUGUUUCUAGCUUUGAUAUUUUCGUGGGUAUGGAUUGGAUGUCUAAAAAUGGUGUUGUUAUUCUCUGUUCUAAGAAGAUUGUGCGUAUCACUACUCCAGAUGGUGAUGUAGUUUCUGUCAAUGGUGAUAAACAAAAGGGUAGUGUGAAGAUUGUUUCUCUUGUGAAAGCUCUUAGGUGUAUUCGACAGACUAAGAAUCAUUCUGAUCAUUUUCUGGCUUAUGUGAUUGAUUCACGGAAAGCUAAUCCUUUUAUCUCUGAUAUUGAUGUUGUAGCUGAGUUUCCUGAUGUCUUUCCAGAUGAUCUUCCUGGUCUUCCUCCUGAUAGAGAAGUAGAGUUUCAUAUUGAUCUUAUUCCUGGUGCUACCCCUGUUGCUAAAGCACCUUAUCGUCUCGCUCCUACUGAGAUGAAGGAGUUGAUGUCUCAGCUCCAAGAUUUGAUUGAUAAGGGGUUUAUUCGUCCGAGUUCCUCGCCUUGGGGUGCUCCUAUUCUGUUUGUAAAGAAGAAAGAUGGUUCUAUGAGGAUGUGUAUCGAUUAUCGUGAGCUUAACAAGCGAACAGUGAAGAAUAAAUAUCCUCUUCCUCGUAUUGAUGACUUAUUUGAUCAGUUGCAGGGUGCUUCUUAUUUUUCUAAGAUUGAUUUGCGGUCUGGUUAUCAUCAGUUGAAGGUGGAUGGAGAAAGUGUUGCUAAAACAGCUUUUCGUACCCGUUAUGGGCAUUAUGAGGUUUUGGUCAUGCCUUUUGACCAUCGUGAGCACUUAAGGACUAUUCUUGAGGUUCUCAGGGAGAAUAAUUUAUAUGGAAAAUUCUCCAAGUGUGAAUUCUGGCUUAAGGAAGUUCAUUUCCUUGGGCAUGUCAUUUCUAGUGAAGGUUUGAAAGUUGAUCCAUCAAAAAUUGAAGCUGUGAUGAAAUCGGAGCAGCCGAAGUCGCCGACGAAAAUAAAGUCUUUUCUAGGUUUAUCUGGCUAUUACAGGAGGUUCAUUCAAGAUUUUUCUCGUAUUGCUAAGCUGAUGACUGAGUUGAAAAAAAAAAGGGGUGAAGUUCUUGUGGACUGA